CAUAAGAUUUUACAUGAUUAAACCAAAUGGAAAAAUGAGACAUGGAUCAACCAAAAGCAUGUCUCUAUAUAAUUUGAAUCAACCCCAUUCGAACUAAAAAGUUUAAUAAUUCGAAUCAACCCUGUUCGAAUUAGUGAAGGAGUUUGCAGUAUUAGUAGUUCGAAUCACACUGAUUCAAACCAUGCAUGGGGAAUUCGAAUCUAGCUAAUUCGAACUAUGUGUAUGUAAUUCGAAAAUGGCUGUUUCGAAUUAAGAAGUCCCUGAUGUGUAUAAAUAUGGUGUGAACGUGAAUUGAGUUCAUUUGAGUAAAACCAAAUGGCUAGUGAGGAGAGCUUUGUAGUAUUAGUGCAUUACAGAGGGUUGAUUAAGAGAAAGACACGCUCUGAUGUGAAGUUUACUGAUAAAGAUCCUCUGAGUAUUUUUAUGAGACUAACGAUGAGAUUCGAUGACUUCUUGAAUUCUAUAAUACAGAAACUUGGGCUGCAAGGCGUGAAACGGGUUCAGAAACUAUUCUAUCGCAUUCCGAUCUUAGUGCUUAGAGAUGAUGUGAAGUACGACUCUUUCGUUAUAGGGAGUGACGAGGAUUUGCAGGUCCUGUUCCAUUGUCGUCACCAGUUUCCCGAGGUCAGGACACCUGAGAUGUUGACAAAGUUGGUUGAUGUGGUAUCUAGUUCGGUAGGUUCAAACCGGAAUACCCAAACUCUAGGCACCGUAGCCGGUUCUAGCUCGAGACCCGAUGGUGCAUGUUCGUCCGUGCCGGUGAAUGCACCUAGGGACGAGCCUGUCGCGUCCUCAUCGUUCACCGUUGAUCUCAACUGCAGUGGCGACAGAGAGGUUGGUAUCGUGGAGAGGGUGUCGAUUUCUUUGCAGUGUGGGACACCGACUGGGAUCGGUGAUGCAUUGCUGGAUGAUAAUGGCGAUGAUGAUGUGGAGCCUGACUUCAUUGCUGAUGACAGUGGCAAUGACAUUGCAGCGAGUAACCACUUACACAAGAUGGUAUAAGCCGGCCAUCUGCAAGUACGGAACGUACCUCUCGUCCAGACGCAUACCCUGCUGCCGUCGCAUGCUCGAGAUACAUCAUUGGGGCUGCAAAAAUAAUGUAUCAGAAAAUAAAAACCACUUAAAUCAUUCACUAACAAAAGAUCAUUCACUAACAAAACCACUAACAAAACCACCAACAAAACCACUAACAAUACCACUAACAAAACAACUAACAAAACCACUUACAAAACCACUAACAU